CUAAGUUUAGUAGCUAUGGAGUUUGGACUGAAAUUGAAGAAUAUUAUUUUGAUUUAAACCCUAAAUUAAGAUUAUAAUUUAAAAAAAAAACCUACAAAAAGAAAAAGUUACAAAAAGAAGAAAGGAAAAGAGAAAAAGAGGAUUGCUAAAAUGAAUGCUUAACAUUACAACCCAGAAUUGGGAGUGAGAUUGUUGUUGUUGUUCCUUCUUCUUCAUUGUUACUGUGAUUUUCCAAUCCCCAUAUAAGAAUUAAUGGAGUUUUAAAAUGGGGUUUUAAUGGCGUUCAAAAGAGUACUACUAAGAAAUAAACUUUCUUUUUUAGCCCACACCGACGCACAAACAAAAAGCACACUCACUCACUUACUCAUACAGUUCUUUCUUUCUCUCUCUACUUUCACUGGUACAAGCGGACGACUGACGACAAACUCCGCGCUGGCAAAAGAUUCCCUCACCGCCUUCUCUUUUCUCUCUUUUCCUUCUUCUUCUUCAUCUUCUUCUUCUUCCUGAACCCUAAUUGGGUUUUUUUUUUGGUUGUCACUGACACGGUUAAAGAGAAAAAGGGGGCAAAAGUUGAAAGGAAAAUUUGCUGGGGUUUGAGUUUUUAUUUUUUUAUUUUUAUUUUUUUUGAGUUUGGAAUUGAUGGGUUUGUUUUUCUUCACCUUCUGGUAAAACCCAGUUGAGUAAUCAGUGAUUUGUUUCCAUCUACAAGAGGGGUGUGGAUGGGCUGUUCCAGCUCUAAGGUCGAUGACCUUCCAGCGGUGGCGCUCUGUCGUGAGCGUUGUGCCUUUCUUGAUGAAGCGAUUCAUCUUAGAUACUCACUUGCAGAGGCUCAUCUGGCGUAUAUUCAUUCUCUUAAAGGGAUUGGUCACUCGUUGCAUAAUUUCAUUGAAGAGAGUGCUGUGGUUGUUGGUGUUUCUUCUGGGUCUCCUCUUUCGCCGAAGCUCAAUCUUCCUCCUCAUCGGAAGGGUGAUCCUGUGGGAAAAACUGGUGAUUCUGCAAUUGAAGAUUCUGUUCCUCAUCACCAUCUUUCUCACUCUAAUUCCGGUUCCCACCUUCACUCUCACUCCGAUUCUGACGAUGAAUCCGGUUCCCUUCACCAUUCCGAUCACUCCCCUCCUUUUGACCUACAGCACGGGGGCCAUAUGGGAUAUAUGCUUCCGGAUCAAGGAGGUCUAGGUUCAUAUCCCGGCAUCGGCGGUGGUGGCGGAGGUGGAGGGUUUAUGCAUAUGAAUUAUAUGAGGAAAUCAGUGACACCCUCUGUUGUGUACGAGCAGAGGCCUAUGAGUCCAGAUAAGGUUUAUCAAAUCGGUGAAUCGUCUUCUUCUUCAGGUCAUUACUCUUAUCCAAACCCGAACAUGACUUAUAACAAUCCUUAUCCGUCUUAUGGUUAUCCCCAAGACAGUGGGUAUUACGGUGGCUCUGUUUUUCCACCCACUGCAUAUGGUUCUAUGUCGUCUACCGGAGCUUCAAGCACGUCGUCUAAACCGCCGCCGCCACCGCCUUCGCCUCCGAGAGCGUCCACUUGGGACUUCUUGAACCCAUUUGAUACUUAUGACAAGUAUUACAAUACUUACACGCCGAGCUGGGACUCGAAGGAGGUCAGGGAAGAAGAGGGGAUUCCUGAUUUAGAAGAUGAAGAUUACCAACAUGAGGUCGUCAAGGAGGUACAUGGGAAUCAAAAAUUUGUCGAGGAAGGCGGUGGCAGUGGUGGUGGGAAGGGUUUAAAGAUGCCUGCAGAGGAUGAGCGUGGUGGUGGUGAUGAUACAAAGAGCUCGCUUUACCAAACGAGGCCGAGCUCUGCGGUCGAGGAAGAUGCUGUUGAAUAUGAAGUCCGUAUGGUGGAUAAGAAGGUUGAUAAGACAGAGAAGUCCGAGGAUCGAGGCAAUGGUGGUGCAUUUAAGGGCAGGCCUGGUUCACGAGAUGUCUAUGAAGUUGCCAAGGAAAUCGAGGUUCAGUUUGAGAGGGCAUCGGAGUCCGGUAAUGAAGUUGCAAAAAUGCUGGAGGCUGGGAAGCUUCCCUAUCAGCGUAAACAUGUUUCGUCGAAAAUGUUGCACGUUGUUGCUCCUUCGCUGUCAAUGGUACCUUCGGCUUCAAAGAGUGGUGAUCCUUCGUCGUCUGGUGCUGAGUUAUAUAUCGAAGAGUUUGGGAUGGCCUCUGGAAAUCUAUCUUCUACCUUGAGGAAGUUGUAUCUGUGGGAGAAGAAACUCUACAAUGAAGUUAAAGCGGAAGAGAAGAUGCGAGUAAUGCAUGAAAGGAAAUGUCGAAAGCUGAAGCGCUUAGACGAGAAGGGUGCUGAAGCUCAUAAAGUUGAUUCCACUCAAGCUUUAGUGAGGAGCCUAUCUACCAAAAUAAGAAUUGCCAUUCAGGUGGUUGACAAGAUUUCCAUGACAAUCAAUAAGAUUCGAGAUGAAGAAUUAUGGCCACAACUGAAUGAACUAAUUCAUGGAUUAACCAGGAUGUGGAGGUGUAUGCUUGAUUGCCAUCGUGCCCAGUACCAAGCGAUCAGUGAAUCAAAAAGUUUAGGUCCAAUUGGAUCUGGUAAAAAUAGUAGUGAAGCGCAUCUUGGAGCAACGAAGGAGCUUGAGCAUGAGCUUCUAAACUGGACAAUCAGCUUCUCUAGUUGGAUCAGUGCACAAAAGGGGUAUGUUAGAGCCUUGAAUAAUUGGCUUCUAAAGUGUCUUUUUUAUGAACCUGAGGAAACGCCUGACGGUAUAGCUCCCUUUUCACCGGGAAGAAUAGGUGCACCUCUGGUAUUUGUGAUCUGUAACCAGUGGUCACAGGCUUUGGAUAGACUAUCUGAGAAGGAAGUGCUUGAUUCUAUGCGUGUGUUUAGUAUGAGCGUGCUUCAAAUAUGGGAACACGAUAAGCUAGAAAUGCGACAGAGAAUGAUGGAGAACAAAGAAUCGGAGAGAAAAGUUAGAAACUUAGACCGAGACGACCAUAAGAUACAGAAACAAAUUCAGGCAUUGGACAAGAAAAUAGUAAUGGUUUCUAGAGAUGAAAAGCGUCUCUCUGCUUCUGGAAAUGCCGUCUAUCAAAGUGAGAUGAGCAGUAGUAGCCUACAGUCUAGUCUGCAACGCAUUUUUGAGGCCAUGGAGAGGUUCACUGCAGAUUCCAUGAAAUUAUACGAAGAGCUUUUACAACGAAGCGAGGAAGAAAGAUUGAAUCGCGAGCAGGAAAAAGUCCUAUAAGUUUCUCUUUUUUCUUCUCAAUGAUGGAAUCUUAUUUUCUCAUUUUUUGAUAGUGAUUUGGAUAAUCAGGCCGCAGCUUCCAUCAAUAGUAGAAGUACUAAAGAUUCAAAAACAAAGUGGAUAAUUUGAUGGACUCUUUAGACGCUGCUCUAGAUAUCUGGAAUCAUCUACUUCAUCUAGUUGAUUGAGCGAGCAACCGAUUAUAAAAUGCUAGUAGGAAACUGCUAUCAUAGGUGCCAAACAACUGAUUCCUAAAGCUAACUUGAACCUGCAUAUUUAUUCCAAAUGUUCAAGAAAUGAAUAUUCUUAGCUCAGUCACUCUGCUGUGCUAGCCAAAGACAGACUCCUACUGCUCCAGCCAAGAUUCAAAGAUUACGACAUUGUGCAAUUACUUGUUUUCUUGAGCUGGUUCCUUGAUAGGAUGUCAAGUGUAAAGGAUGCUGCAUUGGGAAUUUAGGACUUAAACUUCUUGCAAGCUGUGACCUGAAUUCUCGGGUUGAUGUCUCGGGAGUCUCUGGCUUGGGGUUGCUUUUACAGUGAUGAAGCAAAGGGAUGAAAAUGACACAAAAUGAAGAUGAUAGAUAUGUACUUUUCUUCAGUAACUUUUUUAUGUUUAUGUUUUUUUGGGUUAUUUUUCUGUAUUCAAUUAUUGUACAUAAAACAAACCAUUUUUGAUACCACCCUAGUCAUAUGGAAAAGCCUUUUUAACUCUUUGAUUGGGUAAUUGGGAGAAUUGGCAAAUUGUGUCAACUCAUUUUUGUAAAAGUAUAGAGAGUAUCUCACUGAUGCUCUUUUUUCUC